AUGAGUAAAUUAGAGGACAUUUUAGGAAAAAAGAAAACUGUUGUUCCAGUUUUAGAUUUGAGUAAAUCUAUCAUUCAAUCUAAAGAAGAAUUUAAGCGUUUAAUGGAAAAGGUUCCCGAUUACAAAAUGAGACCGGUUAAAGUUCGUUCUGAAGAAAUUAAAAUCAAAGAAAAGGAUUAUUCAUUUAAAACACCCCGUAAAGAAACUAGAAAAUUAUUGAAACAGAAUGGUAUACGAGACAUAAACUAUACUUACAUGGACCCUAUACCAAAUGAAAUGCGUAGUAUACACUUGGUGGAGUUAUGUUCAGUUCCAAUCGAUUGGAAAAUGUUAACAACUUUGCGACCUAAGGCUAAAAUUGAGGAGGAAUAUUUCAGUAAAUUGGUUGAAAUGGGAAAAUUGCAAUUAAAAACAGAUUUGAGAGAUAAACGGGAAUAUACUUUGAAUACAGGUGUAAGGAAGGUAAAAAACAAGUCUGGAAUCAUUGAAACCAGGGUAAUAGUUUGUACUGAAUGCAGCGAAGAAAUGUGUUACGGUCGAACUUGUGGAGACUUUAAUUAUGAUUUAUAUAGCCGAGUUGAAGUAAGACCACCUAAUCCGAAAACAUUGCCUAAAACUAAUAACAAUAAAAACAGUGUAUUUUCUAAAAAGAAAGCUCUUGGAAGUCCAAAAAAAAAAUCUAAAAAACGAAGUCAAAGCCGAAGUCCAGAAAAAAAAGGAAAAGAUGUUUAAAAUUUUGUUCACGAUUAAUGUUAUCAACAAAAUUAUAAGAAAAAGGAUGUUUAUAAUUGGCAAUUAGAAAUUCUAGCUUUAAGAAAAAUAAACGCUUCCGGUAAAACGAUUACUAUUCGCAUAACAUUAAAUCAAACACGUGGUACAUUUUACCAAUACUUUUUUUACAUAUGUAAAUUAAAAUAAUUCGAACAACAUAUAGUUUUGUGGCGACGCGAGGAAAAAUAUUAGACCGGUGAAACACCCUGUAUGUAAGUAUUGGUCUUUAAAAUAUUUGUAUUAUGGU